GCAAGGGGUGUGCAAGAGGAGUGCGAGGGGGUGUGCACGCAGAGGUGCUGCACGCACGCUGUGCGCUGCUCCGGGCACGGUUUUGCCUCUGGGGCGGCUGAGUGUGAAAGCGGCAGUUGGUGGUGCUGGGUGUGCAGCCGUGUAACUGUACAUGUGAGUGUGAAAGCGUGUGCCGCGCACGUUCACACCCGGUUCACACCAACGGUGUGGGUGCAGCUGUGCCCCAGGGGUGUGCAAACGUGUGCACACGUGUGCGUGGCACGUGGACACACGGCAGCGUGUGGGUGUGAGCGUGCACGGGGGGUGCUGUGCUGGGAGGGCUGUGCACGGGGGUGUGUGUGCAAGCAGCGCUGCCCAGACCCCAUUUUGGAGCUGCCCGAGCAGCGGGGCGGUUGCUGCGAGGGGGAGGUGGGCUGAUGCCCACGGCCUUCCAGCAACGGCCGUUGUGAUGGUGAAUGUGGCUGCUGGGUCGGCCGAGGGACAGCGCCUUUAUCCCCCCAGAAAUGGGAUUCGCCCCUCCCAGCCGUGGCGGGGACCAGAUGAACCGCCCCAUCCAGGUGAAGCCGGCGGACAGCGAGGGACGAGGAGAAGACAGGAAGCUCUUUGUGGGCAUGCUGGGGAAGCAGCAGAGCGAGGAUGAUGUCCGGCGCCUCUUCGAGCCCUUCGGACAGAUUGAGGAAUGCACCAUCCUGCGUGGGCCCGAUGGGGCAAGCAAAGGUUGUGCCUUUGUGAAGUACAGCAGCCAUGCCGAGGCACAAGCCGCCAUCAGCAGCCUGCACGGCAGCCAGACCAUGCCGGGCGCCUCAUCCAGCCUGGUGGUGAAAUUUGCGGACACGGACAAGGAGAGGACCCUGCGGCGGAUGCACCAGAUGGCGGGGCAGCUGGGCAUCUUCAACCCCAUGACCAUCCAGUUCGGCGCCUACGGGGCCUACACACAGGCGAUCAUGCAGCAGCAGGCGGCCCUGAUGGCAGCGGCGCAGGGGACCUGCCUGAACCCCAUGGCCGCCAUUGCAGCUGCCCAGAUGCAGCAGAUGGCCGCCUUCAACGUCAGCGGGCUGGUGGCCGCCCCCCUCACCCCCUCUUCAGGUACCAGCACCCCGCCUGGCAUCAGCACGGCGCCCGUGCCCAGCAUCGCCACACCUAUUGGCGUGAAUGGCUUCAGCCCGCUGCCGCCGCAGACCAACGGGCAGCCCACCUCCGAGACCAUCUACACCAACGGCAUCCACCCCUACCCAGCUCAAAGCCCCACAGUGGCAGAUCCCCUCCAGCAAGCCUACGCGGGCAUGCAGCACUAUGCAGCAGCAUAUCCCACUGCCUACGCACCCAUCAGCCAAGCCUUCCCCCAGCAAGCGCCCAUCAUCCCGCAGCAGCAGCGAGAAGGUCCCGAGGGCUGUAACCUGUUUAUUUAUCACCUGCCCCAGGAGUUCGGGGAUGCGGAGCUCACACAGAUGUUCUUGCCUUUUGGCAAUGUCAUCUCUGCCAAAGUUUUUGUGGAUCGUGCCACCAACCAGAGCAAGUGCUUUGGUUUCGUCAGUUUUGACAAUCCGACCAGCGCUCAGGCAGCCAUUCAGGCCAUGAACGGCUUCCAGAUCGGCAUGAAGAGGCUAAAAGUCCAGCUAAAGCGGCCGAAAGAUGCCAACAGACCCUACUGACCCCUGGCACCCUGGCCCUGCAGAGAGGUCGGGCGUCCCGCGGUGUCUGCCGACUUCUCCCUUCCCCAAGUGCAGUAUCCAAACCCGUAACUCUCUUUCUUUGCAACAUAUCCCGGAGGAGGAGGAAGGAGAAGAGGAAGAGUUGAUGGAGGAAAAAAAAAAAAAAAAAAAAAAAAAAA